CCACUUGCCCCUGUGGCGUAGGACUUCUUACCGUCGCUACUCAACGCCAGGCGGGGACUGGUGCUGAGGGGCGUCGGCCGCCGGAGUGGACAUGGGGGCCGGCCGCACGGGGGCUGUGCUUGCCGCCUUGCAAGUGCUUAGUGUCUGUGCGGCCAGCAGCUCAGGGCCAGUGGCAGAGGGGGAGACCGGCGGGGAGACGGCGUGGGCAGAGCCGUGGGAUGGCGCGGUUUUCCGGCCUCCCUCGCCGCUGGGCGCAGUGGGGGUGGCGCGCAGUCCGGGGACCCCGCGGCCAGGGAGGGAGGAGUCGGUGGACUUGCCGGUGCUGCUGUGGUGGAGCCCAGGACUGUUUCCUCACUUCCCGGGCGACUCGGAGCGCAUUGAGUGCGCGCGCGGCGCGUGCCUAGCGUCCCGGGACCGACGGAUGCGGGGAGACUCACGAACGCGAGCUCUGCUCUUCUACGGCACCGACUUCCGCGCGUCUGAGGCGCCACUGCCGCGCCUGGCGCACCAGAGCUGGGCGCUCCUGCACGAGGAGUCGCCCCUCAACAACUUCUUGCUGAGCCACGGUCCGGGCAUCCGCCUCUUCAAUCUCACGGCCACCUUCAGCCGUCACUCUGACUACCCGCUGCCGCUGCAGUGGCUGCCCGGGACCGCUUAUCUGCGCCGCGCGGCGCCUCCGCUCCAGGAGCGCGCAGAGUGGCGCCGCCGCGGCUACGCGCCCCUGCUGUAUCUGCAGUCCCAUUGCGACGUGCCUGCGGACCGGGACCGCUACGUGCGCGAGCUCAUGCGCUACAUCCCGGUGGACUCAUAUGGGAAAUGCCUGCAAAAUCGGGAGCUGCCCACUCCGCGGUUACAGGACACAGCCACAGCCACCACCGAGGAUCCAGAGCUCUUGGUCUUCUUGUCCCGCUAUAAGUUCCAUUUGGCCCUCGAAAAUGCCAUCUGUGACGACUACAUGACGGAAAAACUGUGGCGCCCCAUGCAUCUCGGUGCUGUGCCCGUGUACCGCGGCUCUCCCUCUGUGAGGGACUGGAUUCCCAACAAUCACUCCAUCAUCCUCAUUGAUGACUUUGAGUCGCCGCAGAAGCUGGCAGAGUUUAUUGACUUUCUGGACAAAAAUGAUGAGGAAUAUAUGAAAUACCUGGCAUACAAGCAGCCUGGGGGCAUCACCAACCAGUUCCUUCUGGAUAGUCUCAAAAAGCGGGAGUGGGGAGUGAAUGAUCCUUUACUGCCUAACUACCUUAAUGGAUUCGAGUGUUUCGUCUGUGACCACGAGCUGGCUCGGCUGGCUGCAGAGAAGGCCCACGCAGCCUCUCCUGGGGACAUCCCUAUCCCCGAGCCUCAUAUUGCCAAGCCCUCACACAUGGACUGCCCAAUGCCCACACCUGGCUUUGGCAGUGUGGAAGAGAUUCCUGAGAAUGACAGCUGGAAGGAGAUGUGGCUGCAAGAUUAUUGGCAAGGUCUGGACCAGGGGGAAGCUCUUACUGCCAUGAUCCACAACAAUGAGACACUGCAGGGGAAAUUUUGGGAUUACCUAACCGAGAUCUUCAUGAAAAGGAACCAGAAUCUCUAAUUACUCUUGCAAGAACUUGAUAGAACUAAGGAGAUGGAAGUCCUUAUCUUACCAUGGGACAUGAAGGGUAUCUGCUGCACAAACCCGUGAGGAACACUGUCUUACCAUGAAUUCAAGAAAUAGCAGUUACAUCCACUGACAUGUUAUUGUAAUGAUGUGUAGCCAAGAUCUGAGCCUAUGGUAAUAGGGCCUCUCCUGAAGGAGUGAUGGAGGCAUCUCAGUUCUUGGUUUAGUGGGAACUAGAAGCCUGAAACACUCAUCUGAUUCAAGGUGCUGAUCAGCAGAAUUUUUAAAGAAUUGUUUAUUUUUCUAACUAUUUCAUCCUCAGUCAUGAUUGGGACAACACCUUAGCAUUUGGCUGUGAGUGAGGUAAGAUGGGCCAGGUUUAGGGUCUUAAAACUUCUAUGCUAUUCUUUAAACCACUCAUCAUUCAGUACCUUUCCUAUCUCUUUUCCUUAUCUCUUGCUUUAUAAACUAUUAUGUUGGUGGUGAAGCAAAACUGGUGGGUUAUAUUCUGGUUCUCUGGAGUUGUGUUUUUUUUUUUUAUAUAUAUAUCCUUUAUUUUGCCUUUCAUGUCAACCUUUUUAUUUUAAAAUGGCUUUUUCUUUCCUGGUUUUUCACAAUUCCUGAUGGAGAUGGAGCAGCCUUGCCACCAUUCCCACAUUCACUCUCCACUGUAUUAAAGUGGCUAUAAAUUUGACAACUUUUCUUACUGCUGGUAUGUUUCUUAUCUAGGGCAUAUUGGGAAUUCCUUCUCACCUCAUGAAUAGAAAGAUUAAGUGGCUAAUGAAAGUCACGUCAGUUUAAUGAAUUGUCCUGCUCCAUUUUCGGCUAGGGUGAAGACUAAGGCUGGAAAUGUCAGACAAAGCUAUAAAGAUUUUGAAAUGUUAAAAUAGUCCAAUGUGAAUCAAAGUGCAGAUUGUUAGAGGUCUCUGUUCUCUUCUGUCUACCCAAUGAACUCUUGUAUUUUAUUAUUUUUAUAUGCUACACAAGUCCCAUUUCCUCCCAGAAAUCAUGAAAAUUAUAGUGGGAAAAAAGCCCAGCAGUAUAGCUCUAGUAAUUAUCUCAUAAUAUUCUGUGGCACUUUCCACUUUAAGUGGGAUAAAUAUUCCAACUUCAUUCAUUCUAUUACUGAUGUCCUUCUGCACAACUUUAUAGUACUGACAUUGCAUUUUGAUGGAGUCCACCCAACGCCCUAAGCUCAAGGGGAAUGAGAGGCGAGGCAAGAGAAGUUAAGCCACCCCAAGUGGCUUAGCUAAGUACAAGCUGUUAGAUCUGGGGAUGUAGCCAAUCCCUUCUAUUGCUGUGGUUUAAACAUACAGCUUAAUGGGCAGGGGAACCAUUUGCUUUUUCUGGGACAGUGGAGCAAGAAAGAAUACCUUGGCUCUUAGAACUACCCUGGUUGUAAUGUAUUAAUAAAUUAUCACUAGAGAAGUUCCAUAGCUUAUCAAUGUCUGGUUUAAAUUAGUGUGUGUGUAUUUACGUAUAUAUAUAUACACACACACAUUAAUUGAUAACCAUACAGUUGUAAAGACUGAAGAGGAAGAUGAAUAUUAUGACCUUAUUGCAGAUUAUGUACAGUUGAGCCUUAUCCUUCUGUAAGGUUUUGUUUUUAAUAUUUUGAGCAGACUGCUGAGCUGUUCUGUGUGUGAUGUACCAGUUUGUUUUUAACUUUAAGAAAUCUAACUCUUUAUUUAACAUCAAAACCAACAUCAAGUGUUUAUUUUAAAAAAUAAUCAUACCUGCUUUGAAUUGGGUGAAGAUCUAUGGAGAAUUUACAAUUUUAGGCUAACAUGAAACUAUAUAAUAUCCUCCAAAAUGGAAAUUCUGCAACAGACUUCACAAUAAAUAUUUUAUUUUAUAUAUGGGGUGCUUCAUAUAUAUAUUUAUAGAUACUUCAACAACUAGGGUCCCACACUUAUUGUGACAUCUAAAGAUAUGGCCAGGGAAAGCUAUAAUUUAGGCUGGGUUUCACUGCCAGGGUGGUUCUUUUUUCAUUUUAAUAAAAAAUGCCCUCAUAACAACAUGGAAAGUUUGCUUAACCAGUUUGGACUUUUGCAGAAAAGAACAAGAGGGAAAGACAGACCUUCAAAAAUAUUUAUGUUAAAAUUUGAUAUAGCAGUGACUCUUAGAAAAAAAGCCCAAUCCAGGACUCAGAUUUCAAGCUUGCAAUCUGUUUAAAUGCAGAUACUGAUAUACAUAUAGUGCAAAAUACAUAUUACCCAAGUGCAAACUAAAGUUAGGAGUCAAAUUUCAUUAUGUGCAAUAAAAAGGGUAAGUGAUAGUUAUGCAAGGUGUAGAAUCAUCCUUACAUUUCCUGUCUAAUUAUACUAGUUCACACUGGCAUUACUUGAACGCUUUUAUGUACAAAGUGGGCCAGUUGUUCAUGAAUGACUGUGGUUGGGAGACUCAUGCCUGCUUUGUGGUCAGUGCUUCCCAGACUUUCUCCUUUAUUCCUAUUACCAUAAAAGUAUUUACAAAAAAAAAAAAAACAGGACAAACUGGGCACCACAAGGGAAAGGAGAACCAGGAAUAGACAUAUGGUUAUCCAACUAAAGGCUUCACUCUCUCUAUGGAGAAAGCAAGCAAUGUGAAUUUUCUCUGGUUUGGGGCCCAGCCUGCUCUGUUUACAGCAGCGGGCUUGGGGUUAUUGGUGGUAGAAGUGUCUGAUAGCAAUCAGCUUUAUUUGUGGUGUUGGAGUAGGGGAUGGAGCAUGGGGCUGAUGCCUUUAUUAUUCCCAAGUGUUGCUAUUUUCUAUUAUUUCAGGUUUCAUUUUGUGUAAUAAAUGGCUUCUUCUUAAA